AUGUCAUCAAUGCAAGUCUGUGUAUUGCUUACAGAAGACACUAAUCCAACCUCUGCAGCUAGACCUCGUCCUCUACGCAUACUUUUCCAUCCACAAUGCAUGGAGAAACUGGGUCUUGUUGCUGGUGAUCUUGUUCAAGUUUCUUCUCAAAGUGCAUGCAAGUCUUUAGGAAUUAUUUGGCCAUCUCGUACUGUUUCUGCAGAACAUAUAUCUGUUUCUCAGCAUAUACUUGAUACUGCAAGUUUAUUGGAAGGAAGCACUGCUACGCUUUCCCUUGUUUCUGUACCUGCUGUUCACGCCGCUAUAAUUAAUCUAGUCUGGCUACACACCCCAGAGUUUCAUAUAGACGAAGCAUUGUCAAUAUACGUUAAAGAAAUAUUGUUGGAAACAGAGUAUGUUUGCAGUGGACAGAUGGUUCGAUUCCAGUAUUAUGGAAAAGAGCGAUUGUGCAUGGUAGACCAGAUUACUCCUAUUGAUCCCAUCCAAAUCAACUCCGACCCACAUCAAAUCAUUCCAUUCAGGCUUGUGCGAUCUACCCGUGUGAGAUUUGAGCAAGCCAAGUCAACUGUUGAAACUCGAGUAGGAAAAGUUGAAUACAGCACCAUUGGAGGAUUGGGGGAACAAAUAUCUACAGUUCGAUCCUUGGUUGAAUUGACGCUAUGCAAUCCUGAACACAUUUCUUGUCUUGGAUUUCGACCCCCUCGUGGCAUACUUUUAUUUGGCCCUCCAGGCACGGGUAAAACACUUUUGGCUCGAGCAGUGGCAUACGAAACUAGUGCACAUGUAAUUACAGUAAAUGGAUCUGAAAUCAUGAGUCGAUUUCAUGGAGAGGCAGAAACUAGACUCCAUCAUAUUUUUCAAGAAGCAAACGAAAAGUCUCCAUCAAUCAUAUUUUUGGACGAAAUUGAUGCCUUGUGCCCAAAACGAGACGAGGGUGCUACCGAAGUACACCAACGUAUCGUAGCUGCACUAUUGACUCUUAUGGAUGGCAUAAACACAUAUUCAUCCAAAACAACUCAACACCAUCGGUUAGUUGUUAUUGGUGCAACGAAUCGACCCAAUGCAAUAGACGAUGCACUACGUCGUCCAGGAAGAUUUGACCACGAAAUUGAAAUAGGUAUUCCUUCCGAAAUUCACCGUUUUGAAAUCCUGCAAGCUCUUUUGAAAAAAGUCCCAAAUUCAUUAAAUGAUAUGGAUCUACGGACUAUCAGUGCCAAUGCACACGGAUAUGUUGGUGCUGAUCUUGCUGCAAUCUGUCGUGAAGCGGGUCUAAAAGCAAUUCAGCGUAUUGAAGCAGAAUCAUUAAAUGCAGGAGUGGUGCAAACGGAUGAUGAAAUGCACCUAUUAGAUUUGCAAAUCACGUUAGAAGAUAUGCGUCUGGGCAUGUCAAUGGUUCAACCUAGUGCAAUGAGGGAAGUGACUCUUGAAGUUCCAAAAGUGAAAUGGACUGAUAUUGGAGGUCAAGAAGAUGUCAAACAGAGAUUGCGAGAAGCAGUAGAGUGGCCAUUGAAGCAUCCAGAGGCGUUUCUCAAAUUCAAUAUUUCUCCUCCAAAAGGAAUUUUACUUUACGGACCACCUGGUUGUAGCAAAACGCUCAUGGCUAAAGCUUUAGCUACUGAGGCUGGAUUGAAUUUUUUAGCUGUCAAAGGGCCCGAGCUAUUCAGUAAAUGGGUUGGCGAAUCAGAAAAGGCAGUACAAGAGAUAUUUCGCAAAGCGCGGGCUGCAUCUCCAUCGAUUAUUUUUUUUGAUGAAAUUGAUGCACUUGCAGUUCGACGUGGUGGCGACGAUGCUUCUGUAGCAGAUCGUGUUCUUUCUCAACUUUUGAACGAGCUGGAUGGAAUUGAACCGCUGAUUAACGUUACUAUAGUUGCCGCAACCAAUCGGCCAGACAUUUUGGACACUGCACUUUUAAGACCUGGACGGAUAGAUAGUAUUCUGUACGUCUCGCCACCUGAUGCAGAUUCUCGUGAGCAAAUUUUUCGCAUUCAAACAAAUCGGAUGGCAUGUAGUGACGAUGUAGAUCUUAAAAAACUUGCAGAAUUGACUGAAGGGCUUUCUGGUGCUGAGACUAUGGCAGUAUGCCAGGAAGCAGCUCUACAUGCCAUGGAGGAAGAUUUGCAUGCAUUGUGUGUAUUUCAAAGGCAUUUUAUUGAUGCCAUCAAAAGAAUCACACCGCGGAUUACACCACGAAUGCUUGAAUUUUAUGAUAAUUUUCGCCAACGAUGUGGGCUUCGUUCGGUGUGAUUUGGAAAGCAACCAUCAUCUUUUAAUCCUUGCUACACAUCAGAUUAAAUUGCAAUUUGAUUCAAGAAUCGAAAAUUUAUUUUAGACGUCAAAGUGUUUAAAGCAAAGUCAAUAUUAGAUUUGAAUAAACAAAGUCGAGUCUUGUAGAAGCA